ACGUGUUGAGCUCCCGUUAGUGUGUCCUCCACUGGAAAUCUAUAGAUGAUUUUCUGAAGGAUCCCAUUAAGAGAGAGGAAGAGGGGGGUGUUCUUCCAUGGCUUCCACAUCACCAUGGAGAUUGUCACGGAAGCCAAACACCGCCCACUCUGCCAUAUGCAAUCCCUCGACCUUCAAUUCUCUACACUGCUUUAUUCACAGAAGAAGAAGAGCUGGUCUCACCACUUCCUCCCUGAAGGAUUCUCAAUCAUCAUCCUCAUCCUCAUCCUCAUCUUCAUCCUCUUCUUUUUCUUGCACCCCUAUCACUCCCAAAAGGAGACCGAUAAAAUCAGUUCAAUUACCGGUGUUUCCUGAUAACAAAAAACCCACUACAUUUGGGCAUAAUGGUGCUACCAAGCCACCAACCUUAAGCCUGAAGUCCUUGUUCGGAAGGCGGUCUCUGUGGCGGAGGAUCUUAUUCGCGUCUAGAAAGGUCAGGGGCAUCAUUUUGCUCAAUGUUCUCACUGUUGUCUAUGCUAGUAAUAUUCCAGUUGUGAAAGAGGUUGAAGCAAUCAUGGACCCAGCAACCUUUGCUGCUGUGCGCUUUGUUGUGUCUGCCAUACCAUUUAUCCCCUUUGUAGUACGAGCACGAGGUGAUGUUCAGACCCGUAAUGCGGGGAUAGAGUUGGGUUUCUGGGUCAGUUUAGGAUACCUUAUGCAGUCACUUGGUCUGCUCACAUCGGAUGCUGGGCGAGCUUCAUUUCUCUCUAUGUUCACUGUAAUUGUGGUUCCCUUGCUUGAUGGUAUGUUAGGAGCAACAGUUCCUGCUCAUACCUGGUUUGGAGCUCUGAUGUCCAUCUUGGGGGUUGCUAUGCUGGAGUCCAGUGGAUCUCCUCCAAGUGUUGGAGAUCUGUUAAACUUUUUAAGUGCAGUUUUUUUUGGUGUUCAUAUGCUAAGAACUGAACAUAUUUCAAGAAGUACAAGUAGAGAAAACUUCUUACCUCUCCUUGGUUAUGAGGUAUGCGUCGUUGCUCUAUUUUCAACCAUCUGGUAUUUUGUCGGAGGCUCGUUUGGUGCCAUCCAAGGAUGUGACCUGUCAUCAUGGACAUGGACAAUGUUGUGGGAUUGGAUGGUUGCAUUUCCAUGGAUACCGGCAUUUUACACAGGCAUAAUCUCUACUGGGUUAUGCUUAUGGAUAGAGAUGGAUGCAAUGCGUGAUGUAUCAGCCACAGAAACUGCAAUAAUUUAUGGAUUGGAGCCUGUCUGGGGUGCUGGUUUUGCAUGGUUUCUCCUUGGUGAAAGAUGGGGUUCCCUUGGCUGGAUUGGGGCUGCUCUUGUGCUAAGUGGAAGCUUAACAGUGCAGAUACUUGGAUCAUCAUCUCCCAACAAAUCUAGAGAAGAAGAGCAUGAUGAGAAAGAUGAUCAUCUGCUGGUUCCAGAUAAACAAAGUGGUUUUUCUACUUCUCCUGUUGUUGCCAAGUUUAGAAAGGAUGCUUCUGAUAUAUGAGACGUAUACUUUUUUUCUCCCCUUCUUACAAAGUUGAUUUAGUGACAUCUUGUAAUCAUAUAGUUCCCUUCUGGAUCAGAAACAGUCCUAAUUAUGAACAGCCACUGAAGGCGUCAAGGAUUUUUGCCUUUACAUGUAGAUAUGAUAUACAUAUAGACAUUUAAAUAAUUGUAAAACUGGAAAGCUGGAAGAGCUUUAGUAUUUAGUGGACCUUUGUAUUCUGAAAAAAGCUCCAAUGUUGUUGUUAAUGACGAAUAGCUCGGUGUCUGAGCAGUUGUUAA